AUGGCUGCGCCUGCGGAUGCCCGGCCGAUGAAGGAGAGGAAGCUGAUGAGGAGUAUACCGGUGGUGGUGUAUGAGGCCAAAGCCGGCGUCUCGGCCGCUGAGGAAUGCGUCAUCUGUCUCGGCGAGUUGGACGACGGCGAGAAGGUGCGCGUGCUCACGCGGUGUUACCCCGGCUUCCAUGUCGAGUGCAUCGACAUGUGGCUGGACACGAACCCUUCUUGCCCGACAUGCUGGAACUCGCUCCUGGAGGAGGAUGGUACCCGCGAGGCAACGCCGCCAACGACGGCAUCAGGGGAAGAAGGGACGCCGUAG